CCAUCCACCAGCCCCCGAUUCAUCCCCCCGCAUCUCGCCCCGCCUGCGCAUUCCGCCGAGCGCAUGGAGUGCGGCGGCGACGGCGGCGGGAUGGACGCGCUGCCGGACGGCGUGGUGCAGGCCAUCCUCUCCCGGCUCAGCAGCGCCCGCGACGUGGCCGCCUGCGCGGGCGUCUCCCGCUGCUGGCGCCACUGCGUGCCCUUCCUCCCGGCGCUCUACUUCCCGCGGAGCGCCUUCGACGUCACGAGGCGCGGCGGCGUCGCGUGCGCCGACGACGCCAUCGGCCGCAUGGUCCAGGCCGCGGCGCGCCUCCAGGAGCUCGUCAUCUACUGCCCCUUCUCCGCCGCGCAGCUCCCGCGCUGGCUCGCCGCGCGGAGCGCCUCGCUGCGCGUGCUCGAGCUCCGGGUCGACUCCGCCGCCGCCGCCGGGUCCGGAUCCGGUCACCUCGACUGCGUCGCCGUCGCCCGCAACCUCGAGGAGCUGCGGCUCUGGGGGCUCACCAUGACGCGCGAGCCGGCCUGGGGCCGGCUCGACCGGCUCCGCGUGCUGGAGAUCGUCGGCGCGUCCCUGGCGGACCUCGCCGUCAGCGGCGCCGUCGACGCCUGCCCCAAUCUCACCGACCUCGCCCUGCUCGGCUGCGAGUGCUCCGGCUCCGUGUUCUUGGCGAUGCCCCUGCUCCAGCGCUGCCGCCUCGACUUCGUCGGCUCCGGCACCUGCUCGCUCGCGCUCGCCGCGCCCCUUGUCGAGUCCCUCGAGGUCCAGGGUUUCAACUACAUCACCCUGCACGGCGGCGACCGCCUCAAACGCCUCACCAUUUCCAAGAACACUGGGAGGGUGAAUACUGUCGGGAUAGACAGGCUCCCGGUGUUGGAGCAGCUGUCUCUGCGUGGCGUCCAGUGGAGCUGGGGAGCCGUCAGCCAUGUGCUGCAAUGCGGCGCCGAGGCGAAGCAUCUGGUGAUGAAGGUGGAGUUCUGCGGUGAUUUCGACACUCUCCAGCCGUUUCCCGAGGUCGACCUCGUUGAGUUCUUCAACAGCCACCCGAAGCUCUGCAAGUUUGAGGUCCACGGCGCCAUGUUUGCGUCGCUCUGCCAAAAGAACAGCCUGAAAAAUUUGGACUCGAGGUUCCUGAUAUCUUCAUUGGAGGAGGUCCUAAUCACUGUGCGCUCACCCUUGAAUGCUGAGCAGAAGCUGAUCACCAUUGAGUCCCUUGUCAGGUACAGUCCAAGGCUGCGGCGGAUGGUCCUUAGGAUCUCGCAGAUGAAGAACUGCCACGAGGCUGCAGAUGAAUUCUUUGAAGAGGUUUCCAAGUUUGCGCAUAUGAGUAAUGGCAGAGUGCGGAUUGAAUAGGAGGGGUGCCGCUGCAUGGCUCAGUGCUUUGGCUCUUGUGGGUUGCGACUGAACCGAUGAGGCUCUUAUCGCGUGCUACUAUUGAGCUCAAUUCUGCUUGAGUAGUUAUGCUGUUUUGUUUGUCAUUGUUCAUGUGUGCUGGAUCUUAUCAGCAUGCUUAGGGUGAUUCUUUUGUCCUCUACUUGUUAAAAUUUUGUACCUCGAAUCUGUAUUGCUCCUUGUUUUAUGAGAAAUAAGAAACUACUUUACUUCA